CUUCUAUCUCGAUUCAAUUUCCACAAUUGCUUCCAUUCUGAACAAAAACACAUAGCCAAAAUGCAGUCCGUUCUACAGCCUAUUCUCGGUCCGAAGAAGGAGAUCCAUGAUCUCACCGGCCGUGUCGCUCUCAUUACUGGCGGUGCGCUGGGCAUCGGGUAUGAGAUCGCCCGUGCAUUUGUUCUCAAUGGCGCCAAGGUAUACAUGACCAACCGCAAGGAAGAGCAAGGCCAGGCCGCGAUCGAACAAAUCAAGAAAGAAGCCGGCGAGAAUGCGCAGAUCGAAUGGUUUCCCUGUGACAUGGGCAACCUGAACGAAAUUAAGCAGGUGUUUGAAGAUUUCAAGAAGAAGGAAGAUCGAUUGGAUCUUCUUAUCCUUUCCGCCGGAAUAAACGUUAACCAAUACGGCGAAACACACGAUAACAUUGAUCGCCAUUUCGAGGUCAACUGGCUGGGCCAGUUCUAUGUCGUGAAUCUGGUGUACCCGUUGCUGAGAAAGACGUCCAAGUUACCGAACACACCUGCGCCGAGAAUCGUCUUCGAAACGUCGGAGCAGCAUCGCAUGGCGCCUAAGAAUGUGCACUUUGCGACGCUAGAGGAGAUCAACAACCCGGAGGUCGGAAAUCUGGAGCUAUACGGUCGGACGAAGCUGGCUAUCAUUCUUGGAGUCAAGUACGGACUGUUGGAUCGGGUGAUCAAACCUAAUAAUGAUAACAUCUACGCGUUGUCUGUGCACCCGGGUGCUGUCAACACGGCAAUGCAACAACAAUGGAAAGACGCAUAUCCCGGCCUCCUGGGCAAGCUGCUAACAACAGUAAUGCUAGCAGCCGGUCGGACACCCGAACACGGCUCUUUCAGCGCACUAUAUGCAGCGACAAGCCCCGAAGUUGAAGAAAAGGGCUGGAACGGAUACUACUUCAGUGACCCUGCACAGCCCGGAAAGGAGACUGCCCAGGCGUCGGAUCCUACCUUGGGUGCGGCAUUGUGGGACCUGAGUCACAGGAUCAUCAAGGAGAAGGUUGGCGAUGAUGCCAUUGUCGACUGGAAUGCGAGUGCAUGAGUAGAUGUAGCACAGCGAUGAUGUAUGUUAUGAUAAUGAUGAAUUCAACUCUAGAAUGUAUUUGUAUUGCAA